AUGAACGUGACCCUUCGACAACAACAGAACCAGCUGCCCAACAUGAGGAUUAAGCUCCCGGGCUGUUUCAGAGCCGCUCAGCCUCUGAAGGGCUCUAUCUGGAGGGCUCUGGAGGGCUCUGAGGGCUCUAUCUGGAGGGCUUUGGAGGGCUCUGAGGGCUCUGGAGGGAGGGCUUUGGAGGGCUCUGGAGGGAGGGCUUUGGAGGGCUCUGAGGGCUCUGGAGGGAGGGCUUUGGAGGGAGGGCUUUGGAGGGCUCUGGAGGGAGGGCUUUGGAGGGCUCUGGAGGGAGGGCUUUGGAGGGCUCUGAGGGCUCUGGAGGGAGGGCUUUGGAGGGCUCUGAGGGCUCUGGAGGGAGGGCUUUGGAGGGCUCUGGAGGUUGGUAACGCGCAUGCUUGGCGGGCCAGUACCCAGUUGACCCAAUAUCCAGUUGCAGAGGCCGUGGCAACCCACGCCAUGCUGAAAUCCAGUCGAGUAGCAGCCGUCGGGGCCCAGCAGCACUGCUGCCGCCUUGUAACGCGCCGCCACGAAGGCCCGAGGUUCAGCCGCACUCAGAAAAUGCUUAACGGCGGCUCCUGGGCUGUCGACCCGCCGGCGCCGCGCCCAGCGGCCAGCAGCAUCGCGUUCGCAAGGAUAGUGCAGGCGUGUGACGCCGCGAUGCACACAUUGUGUCGCACGCUAGGGGGAAAGUGGCCAUCAGGCACAGCUCUGUGCAUGCUAGGACACGCCGCGUGCACGAAGCCGGUCCAGCGUGACAGGCAUGCAGGGACAUGGUUGCUUGCCGUUUACCGAUAUACAAUGACGAAGUUUGAGGGCGCACGUCGGAGCCUCAAUUUUUUGUUUAAGCGUACUAACUGAGGCCGUGUGUCCAGUGAAGUUAGUACGGCCUGGCCGAGUUCUUUUUGAAUAAGGCCCACAGUGUUGUGCGGGAGGCGUUCCUAUGGGCGCUGCACUCGACCCGUUCGGGGUCCACUGUAACAAUCGCAUCCUCG